AUGGCUCUCCGUACCCUGGGCGCCAAAGCAGCAGCAGCGCUCGACCAAGAGCUCAUGAGCACCGGCGCCUUCUCCCUCGAUCAAUUGAUGGAACUCGCCGGCCUCUCCGUCUCCCAAGCCCUGUUCAAACUCCACCCACCGAACAACGGACCUCGUAUUCUGAUUGCCGUCGGUCCUGGAAACAACGGCGGCGACGGUCUAGUCGCUGCAAGACACCUCUGGCAUUACGGCUACAAGCCCACCAUCUACUACCCCAAACAGCCAAAGAAUGAAUUGUAUCGACGUCUGGCACAACAGCUCCGCGAUCUACGUAUCCCUUUUACCGAAGACUUCUCUGCACAACUCUCAUCCACCGACUACAUCAUCGAUUCAAUCUUCGGCUUCAGCUUCUCGGGCGAAGUACGCGAACCUUUUCCCUCCGUCAUUACCGCCCUUUGUGAUUCGAAAAUUCCGGUCCUCGCUGUGGAUGCGCCCAGUAGUUGGAAUAUUGAAACAGGGCCGCCAGAUGAAGGGCCGGGGAAAGGAUACAACCCUGAUGCGUUGAUAAGCUUGACGGCGCCGAAGCCAUUGGUCAAAUGGUUUGAGGGAAGGCAUUUUGUGGGUGGAAGGUUUUUGACAAAGGACAUGGCGGAGAAAUAUGAGUUGGAUAUUCCGCCGUAUGAGGGCUUGGAUCAGGUUGUCGAGGUGCCUGUCAAAUGA